GGCUGCCCCGGGUCACCAACCUGCGGCCCGCGGGCCAUUUCAGGCCCACUCUGCGCUCCGCACUGUUGUCCGUCCUCUCUCAGCUGCUGUUUGGCUCUGGAUCAGGGACUGUGGGAGCCUUUCACCCACGGUGAGCAACACAACCGUCAUGGAGACAACAUGUGGCAACACAUGCACACACGACAAUAAUCAAAAAUACAACGUUGAUAUGGCCCAGAAACAAGUGAGAGUGGGAGCUCUCUUUUGUCACAUAACAAUUCAAAGAAAGCAACUUACCUGUCCAGGGAAGGAAUGUUAAAAUACUGAGGGAGACAAGGAGCAAAAGGGAACUCUCCUCUUCCUCCCUGCUAGUGAGGAGCGUCGUCGCCAUGCAGCCUGAGCCUCAGCACCUCCAACACGUGGCUCAACCGAACCUUGACUCGGAACCAAACUGAAGCCCAGUGAUCAUGACUCAGCUACUCUGUAGUUUGAACCCUCAAACUGAGGCUUGACCACGUGAGGACCUGCCAAGAGGUCCUCACCAGGAUAGGAGAGCACACAGACACACGGGCACACAUGGAGUUUCUCACCAACUUCUAAGGAACAAACAAACAUCCAUUUUGGAAACAUUUUCAAACAGAAUUAGUCGACCCGUUAGACCUCAGACACACACACAGUCUGUCUCUCUCUGCCCUUGUGGGGACCUCCCCUGGCCCUCACCCCUUCCCCAGCCUCUCCCCCUGAACCUAACCAUCCACAACAUGUGGCUCACCUGAAGCAGGACUCGGAGCCAGACUGAGACUUGGUCAGUUUGUCCUCCUCACCCAGGAUGGUGUUUUGUCAAGAGUUGGUCCCCACAAAGCAAGAUAAACAAGCCGCCACACACGCGCACCUGAGUUCUCCAGGCGGAGCAGUGAAGGUCCUCUGUGAGGCCGUGGGAAGAAAGCAGAGUGUCCAGAGGAAGCCACGGCGAGCCGGGCUGAGGUGCUCACUAGAGACCAGAAGAAAAACGGGACAGCGAGUCACCCGCAGCAGACUCGGGGCUGCGGGAGAGACCUGGCCGGGGGAAGGAAGGGCAGCUGGCUUCAGGAAGUCUCGCACCCUCGGGUCACAUGGUCCGGGUGAAGAGACACGGCGGCCACACGACCUUUGCUUCUGCUCCUCUAGGAACCUUGAUAUCGACACUCACGCGGUCACAAGACAGAACAGACCCAAGCAGCACCGCGCACGCACCAGCCAGGGACGCGGGGGGUCAGAGGCGGACCAGCACGCCGCUGGUCAGGUCGGCAGGCCGUCGACACCAGUCACGCACUCGACAGCUGCGGUGAAACCAGGCAGAAUCAACAGAGUCUGAAUCACCUCCACUUGACUUGUUUUUCUUUGGUACUGUGAACACUUUCUUCGGACCCAUGUGACUGGCGGCCAUCAUGGAGGAGGAGGCGUGGCAGCCGGACGUGACCUACGUGACCGAGCGUGUCAUCGCCGUCUUCGGCGAGGACGGCGGGACGGCGGAGGCGUGUGAGAGGGGCCUGCGGGCAGCGCUGCGCACGCUGCGCUCCAAACACGGCAACAGCUUAAUGCUGGUCAACCUGGCGCAGAAACACCAGGCGUUGAGACGAGCCAAUCAGCAGGUUCUGGACACGGGCUGGGUGGACCCCCUGGCUCCUGGUCUGGACCAGGUUCUGGGCGUGUGCAGGCUGAUGGAGAACUGGCUGCAGUCGCACCCCAACAACGUUCUGGCGCUGCUCUGCGAGGGAGCCAGGGGUCUGUGUGGGGUGGCCGUGGCGUCCUACGUCCACUUCAGCAGCGUCUCAGCCAGUGCAGACCUGUCGCUGGACCAUCAGGCCCUGAGGAGGUUCUACUGCGACAGGCUGUCGGGCCACAUGACGCCCUCCCAGAGAAGGUACGUCUGGAUGCUGGAGGGGGUUCUGAAGGGCACACUGAGGACCGGGCCGGCCCCGACAUUCCUGCACUGCGUGGUCCUCCACAGCCUCCCCAAGAUCAGGCCGGACGGAGGUGAGUCCAGCCGCUGCUCCCGGCCGCCGCCGCCUCCUCUCACCCGGCCUCGUUCCCCAGCCUGCAGCCUCUUCCUGCGGGUCUACCAGGGCCUCCAGCCUGUGUGCACCUCAGCCGUGCACCACGUGAGCGCGGGCCCCACCCACCGCCUGCACAUGGUCCUGCAGCCGGCGCCGCUGCUCAAGGGAGACGUCCUGGUGGUGUGCUACGAGAAGAACAGCUGGCUGCACAGACGUCAGGUGGUCUUCCGACUGCAGGUCCACACCGGGCUGCUGCCCUCUCACCAGGUCACCUUCUCCAAGUGGGAUCUGGACUGCGCCUGCGACGACCCUCGGUUCCCAGCCGACGGCAGAGUGCAGCUGCUGUUCUCCGAGCGUCCCGAGGAGGGAGCAGGCCGGCAGCUGUGGCACAACAGCGGCGCCGUGACGGUGGACUACGACCCGCUGGACCCGCUGCUGCAUCGGGACUCGUACCAGGACUCGGGACCUGACGCAGGUGAAGCAGCGCAAGUCCUGGACUGUCCACAUGGUGGCGUGUUCGCCAGCGUGAGGAAGAGAAGUGGCGGCGAAGCACCUGCCGUUUCCCCUCCCGCCCUCGCGGAGCGAUCUCCCUCCGCCAGCAGCGACUCAGGUUUGUCUGUGGGAUCCCAGGGCGGCACCUGCGCCCGCCAGAGACCCGGGCCAGAGGAGGGCGCCCCGGCGGGAAGGCAGGUCUACGGAGCCCAGGUGGAGGUGGCCCAGCCCCUGCUGGACAUCAUGGCGGAGCUGGCCGCGGCCGGCAGAGGAGAAGUGCUGACGACUGGAGAGACCCCGAUCCUGGAGGCCCGAGUGGCCGGGUCCAAGCCGGGUCCAGCGGCUGAUGAUGUCACAGCGAGGAGCGCCGCGCCUCAGGAUCUGUCGUCGCUGAGCACGGACGUGGACGAGUCCAUUGAGCAGCUCAACCAGCUGAUUCUGGAUCUGGACCCCACCUUCGUGCCGGUGCUGACCCGCCGCUCUCCUCAGUCCCGCUCCACCUCAGUCCGCGGCGCCAGCCCCCGCUCAGGUUGGAGGCAGCAGAAGCAGCUGAGCGACGUGACGGACUACGCCGGCCGUUGCAGUCCAGGGUGGCCAGGAGGUGGCGCCGUGAGCUUCAGCAGCCCCGCCCCUUCAUCGCAGCAGAGGGUGGAGGACCCGGGACACAGCCACAGCUCUGAGGCUGUCCCACCCACGCCGGCCUUCCCCCUGACUCCGCCCACUCCAUACGUCAGGAGCUUCUCCCCGCUGCAGCUGCACCAGCCGCCUGAGGAACACGCCGCCGCUCCAGAUUCCAGAGGUUUCCUCAACAGCGCGGCUCCCGGAGACUCUGAGGGACAAGUGUUGGGAGCCCAAGUGUCGGGGAAGUCGGCCCCUUGCCAGAGGCUCUUCGGCUCCGGGCACUCACCAGAGGGUACGGCCCCACGCCCCAACAGCGGGACUCCUCCGGCCUGGCUGGACUCCCUCACAAGCUCCGACCUGGGGACCCCGGAGGAGGGCAGGGACAGCGCGGACUUCUCCAGCUUGUUGGCCAACGGUGACCUGGAGCGCCUCCUGCUGGAGGGUCUGGGGACUCCUCCGGUGUUGCCUCAGAAGAAGCGGGGCGCGUCAGAGCUGGGCUCCGUGAGCGGGCUCUCCAGCCCCCACAGCGGCAGCAGCCUCAGCCUCCCGCUCAGGACCUCCACACCGGACACCCUCGCACCUGGCUCAGGUACGGCCGUGACCUCACCUGCUGUCCCGUCCUCACGUCACCGGCGCAUCUGGGUCCUCGCAGCAGAUCUGGGCGGGAAACAGGACACGGUCAAGUUCGUGCAGGACACCUCCAGGUUCUGGUACAAGCCCGACAUCUCCCGGGACCAAGCCAUCGCGGCACUGAAGGACAAAGACCCCGGCUCCUUCCUGGUGCGUGACAGCCACUCCUUCCGCGGUGCCUACGGACUCGCCAUGAAGGUGGCCACGCCCCCGCCGUCAGUCACGCAGCACGGCAAGAGAGGUGCAGGAGACCCCGCCAGCGAGCUGGUCCGACACUUCCUCAUCGAGUGUUCCGCCAAAGGCGUGCGUCUGAAGGGCUGCCCGGAGGAGCCGUACUUCGGAAGCCUCACGGCGCUGGUGUGUCAACACUCCAUCACCGCUCUGGCUCUGCCCUGCAGACUCAUCCUGCCUGACCGAGACCCGCUGGAGGACACGAGCGAGUCGGCGGCUCAGACGACGACCAACUCCGCCGCGGAGCUUCUGCGACAAGGCGCCGCCUGUAACGUCUGGUUCCUGGGUUCUGUGGAGCUGGAGUCUCUGACAGGCCACCAGGCGGUGCAGAAGGCCGCCACGCUCAUGCUGGCCAUGGACCCGCCGCCCCCCUCCACCGUGGUCCACUUCAAGGUGUCGGCUCAGGGGCUCACCCUGACAGACAACCAGAGGAAGCUGUUCUUCAGGAGACACUACGCGGUCAACACGGUCAUCUUCUGCUCUCUGGACCCGCAGGGCCGCAAGUGGCGCAGAGGAGGCAGCGCCACAGCAAAGAUCUUCGGCUUCGUGGCCCGCAAGUCUCAGAGCGAGACGGAGAACGUGUGCCACCUGUUCGCCGAGCACGACCCGGAGCAGCCGGCCAGCGCCAUCGUCAACUUCGUGUCCAAGGUCAUGAUCGGGUCACACAAGAAGUGACCCUGCGGGGCGGAACCGCCGCCUCUGGGUGGAGCGCCUGACUCUCCCCCUCACUUCCUGCUUCUGGAUUUGGCUCCGUUCCACUUGCGCCACAGACAUUCCUCAGCCUGUUGGAUUCACUGACUUGGUGGAGAAGUGGACCAAGUCCCAUCAGAGUCGGAGCGCAUCGCAAGAGGCUUGGAGCGUGAGCAGGCGUCGCCACGGACGGAGCGGUUCAGUGUGGUCCGGGCUACGAGUCCCACUGACGUGAGCCGGUCACAUGACGCGGAGCGCCCGGCUGUUUCUAUGCGAGAUAUUUAUCUGCUCUGCCAAAUCUAUUUUUGUAUCCGGGAGGCGACGAGAGGCAGAAACACUAAAUUAAAGCUGCGACUGUGUGAGGUACCACGUGUCGUCGCGUCCCUGACCGAGGUCGACGGCGGCUGGACCGGCCCGGCCCGGCUCCCACGGUGGCUGAUGCGGUUCUAAGAGGCAGAGGAAGGGAAGUGGGCUCACGAGGUU